ACAGAGAGGGUAGAAGUUAAGCAGUCAGCUCUCUGCCAUUGUUCUUGUUCUGGACGUCUGCGAACGGGACGGGUGGCGCUGGUCGGGUACCGGACCGCAGUCUGUCGUUAUGACGGGCUCCGGUCCGAAGCUCGGGGUCCUGCUGCUGGUGGCGGUUCUGCUGCAGACUGUGGUCGUCACCAUCACCGUGCUGCACUUCACAACGGCUCUCAACUCGAUAAAGGAGACUUUUUCCAGGAGCAGUGUCUCCUGUCUGACGGGCACUGACCUGCAGAGCAUCACGGAUGCGCGAGGGGAUCUGUGCUGGCAGGUCACUCAGCAGGUUCACCUCCUCAUCGAGAAGUCAUUGUCUCAGCAGAGCCAGAGACAGAGGCAGAGGCAGCGGCAGAGGCAGAAUUCGUCGGAAGUGAAAGAUGAAGUCUCCCAGGUGCUGCUCUCUCUCUCUCGCCCCAAAGUUGCCGCUCAUGUCACGGGCAGCUUUGUCCCCAAACUGGAGCGAGCAGGAGGAGCUCCAGUCUUUGCUGGGCGGCGCGUUUAUGGCCAGAAGAUCUCAUGGUGGGAGGGCCGUAAGGGGCUGGCCUUCCUCCAGGACGUCCAGCUGGUGGAUGGGGAGCUGGUGGUGUCACAGCCGGGCCUCUACUAUGUCUACGCCCAGACUUACUUCAGACACAGCCACCUGGGGGAGGAUGGAGAGGACAGCGAGGAGGUGGAGGAUAGGGGGAAACCUCUGCUGCAGUACAUCUAUAAGAAGAUGAGCUCAUACCCGGCUCCCAUCCUGCUGAUGAAAACAAGCCGCACUUCCUGCUGGUCCCAAGGUUCCCAGUACUCUCUUCACUCCGCCCACCAGGGGGGGCUGUUCCCACUUACUACCGGCGACCGCCUGUUCGUCACGGUGACAAAUGCAUCUGCUGUGGACAUGGACGAGGAGACCAGCUUCUUUGGUGCAUUUCUGAUCAGCUAGAGUAGCAGGUCCUGGACUGGGCAUCUCGGGUUUUGCCUAAUGAAAUAGCUUAAUGAUGCUACCGUGCUGUAAUGAUGAGCGUGGUAGCGUCUAGACUUCUCCUAGAGUUUAAAACUAUAAAAGUCAAGGAGAAGUCGAACAACUUUUACGACACUGGUUCUCUGGGGGGAGAAGACACUGAUGUGGCUGUGCAUGAGUGCUUAUCAAACCAAACAAACUUUUGUAUUCGAGUGUUCCUUAAAGUAAGUGUGGACUGGACUUUACAGGGGUGUAGUUUUUUACAAACAUCUCUUUAAGACGGAAGUACAGUUUUUUUAAGGAUAUGUAGGCCCAAAAGCAAUUUUAAUAUCCAGCUAGGCAUCUAAUGCCUAAUUUAUAGCUCUGGACCCAAUAUCCAAGCUAGACCUUCAGCAAAAUAUAGACUACUUGUUGCACAAAAAGUUUAAUUCCUUGUUGCGUCAUCUACAAUCUGUGUGGAGAGCAAAAGGAGGAUUCAAUUUGCUAAAAUCUCGAAAAGAGUUCCUAAACUAAUUCACGGGCUACACCGGAAUACCCCCAAAAUUACACGUGUCUCCAGAGGCUUAAACAACAGACUAGCUGAAAUCUUGGAUAGGUAGGUCUCAAAGUCACACUGGGAUGCGAACCUGCAGAUCAACCAGUACAGCUUACUAUGCAUCCUGAGGCAAAUGUAAUGUAGGGCGUGCUUUUUAAACUGCUUCAGCCUAGCUACAGUUGCCCGACACCUGCAAGCCACUUUGUAGCCCACCUUCACCUGCCGCCUCUUUUUCUUUUUUUCUCUGCAGGGUGUUGCUGCUGCUGCAGCGGUCCCAGAGCAGAGUCAUGUAGCCAAAUGUAAAUUAGUGCAGAUGGAAGUAAUGUUUUGCCAUAGUGGUCUUGCCUGGAGUAGAUUUAACUGAUAGACAAUUUGGCUGUGAAGUGGCUGUGCAACACAAAUAUCCACAGGAAGGUUUGCCAAAGACCGAGAAUUUGUCAAACUUUUAUUCUUUGUUCUUAUUCUUGUUUAACCCCUGUAGCAGUCGUGCCUAAAACCACCAAAAGUUGGAACCAUUGAAACUGCCUGUGUUGCCUGAACAGGCUGCCAGUCCAUCAGGGGGCUAACACAAAGAAUCAGACCUUUAACGCUUGUAUCCAAGCCUAUGACUAAUUUAGAAACAGUAAGAAACCUGUACGUGUUUGGACUGAGGGAGCAAACUGGACCACCUGGAGAAAAGCCCAUGGAGGCACAGGAAGAACACAAAAGCUCCACAUAAAAGGCCCACCUGACCACAAAGUUUAAACCAAGGAACCAUCUUGCUUUGCGGGGACAGUGCUCACCACCAGGCUUGGAUACACCAGUCACAAAUAAACAAAAGCAAUACCAGCUGCAGUUUUUUUCAGUUCUGCCAUUAAGAAAUGUUUGUAUAAAAGUCAUAUGAGUCCACACAGAAAUUUUAGGUGUAUUCCUGUUUAGAGAUGUAAAUGCUGUGCUAUAUUUUUUUAUUUUUAUAAUAAUCAUUUAAGUAUUGAGUUCGUGAAAUCUUUGUUCUUGACAUUCCCCCAGUCAGAGGACAAACAUGUGGGUAAAAGUAUAAACCUUAGAGACAAUUUACUGCCUUUCAGAUACACUUAAUAUACCCACCCAUCAUGUUGACAACCAUAUUGGGACUAUGAAAUAGGGUUGUGUACAGACUAUACUUUGUGGUGCAUCUGUCUGCACCAGGACCGCAGUCUCGCUUUCUUCUGUCAGACUUCCAGCAUUUUGGCUCGUCCACUCCAACCUUUCUCCAAGAGGUGCAUUAAAUGCUCCCUUGCAGUUGGUAUUCAUGCUAUGUUGGAUUAACUGCAGAUGUGACUUUCAGACUCGGGAAAAUGGUCUGCAUCUAAACAGCAGAAAUAUGUUGUUUUCUUUCUGUGUAGCUCUGCUGCUUUCCACAUUGUUGUAGUGAACAACACAGCAGAUGCCUUCCAAGGUAAUUCAAAUUAAAAAGCUGUUUUCACACAUG